AUGAACGCAAAAACUAUCAGCAUAUCUCUUCUACUAUGCGCUCUAACUAUGAUUUAGUAUGCCAAUGGACUCUAUUUCUACGUUGCCCAUAAAGAGAUAAAGUGUUUUAAGGACGAAUUAUUAAGAAAUUCUGAAAUCUAAGCACACGUGACAGUAGUCGACAAUGAGAUAAAGACUUAUAUGAAGAAUAACCCUACUGAGGGAAUAUACUUUACCUUAGAGGACCCUGAGAAUAAAGUUGUGUUGACUAAGCUAGCUAAAUCAGAUGAACUUAUCACCCAUAAGUCUAACAUAAGUGGUGAAUUUAAGUUGUGUCUAUUGAUCACUGAGCAAACAUAUCUCAAGCAUGAUGUGAAGCAAGUUAAGGUUAUCCUCAAAUACUCUAACGAGUAUUACAAAUUAAACACAAGCAACGCUGAUUACAUACAAGUAAGCAAAAAGGAAAUUGAAAAGUAAAUAUAAUAUUAAUCAGCAGCCACCUAGGGAUAAUUCAUGCCAAUAACUAGAAGAGUCGACAAGAUCGACAAAGUCAUAGAUGACAUAAUUGCUCAUCAAGACUAUGAGAGAGAAAGAGAGCAAGAAUAUAAGUAAAAAUUAGAGUCUCUUUCAGGCAGCUUCUUCAAUCUUAUCUCAGUACAGAUUAUAUUGGUUAUUGGUGUAGCAGCAUACUCUGUCAUAAAUCUAAGAAAGUUCUUUGUUAAAAAGCAUAUCUUCUGA